AUGUCUGACGAAAACACCUUCCGGCCCAAAGACAGGAAUUUCAUUGAAUCUGGAUAUAAACAGCAGUUGAAACAAAGUUCAUUAACCGAUUUGCUGGUCCAUUCGAAUUAUAACACACUGAGUUUAAGAGAAAACAAGAGGAAUAUCGAUGAACCGGUAAACUACGUUAGAAUAAAAGCCUUGGAAGAAAGUAUAAGGAGGGACAUAAUAAGCGAUAAAAAUUCAUUGCACAGAGCCAUCACUCCUUUACUUAUUUUGAUGCAAAUGUCCGGUCUUUUACCAGUUCAAGGCAUUAGAAGACAAAAUACUAGUUAUUUAGUUUUUAAUUGGUUCAGCUGGAUAUUGGCAUACAGCAUUAUCUUGGUUGGCUCUUCUGUCUUAAUGGUUUCGUUAGUAGUAUGCAACUUGUAUAGUAAUGGACUGUCAUAUGAGGUCAUUGGUGAUUUAUUAUUUCAUGGAGGUACACUAAUCAUGUAUACACUUUUUAUACAUUUGGCAAGGGAAUGGCCAAAAGUUAUGGAAAAAUGGGAACUAAUGGAACGAGAGAUGAAACAAUAUGGAUACCCAUCUAAUAUGGCAUUUAGGAUUAAAAUGUUUUCAUGUAUCAUCUUGAUACUUUCAACUAUUGAACACUUGGCUUCUAUUUUAACGGGAGUAUUGAAAGCUAUACAUUGUUCAUCGGAUGGACUAGAUAUUUUUAAACAUUACAUUUUUACAUGGAAAACAUUCUUUACGUAUAUAAACUACUCGUUCGCAGUAGCUGUAAUUUUGAAGUUUUUUGAUUGUUUGUAUUCUUUUGCUUGGAAUUUUAUAGAUUUACUAAUAAUCAUACUAGCCUGUGCUUUGACGGACAAAUUCAAGCAGCUAAACCAAAAAUUAGCCAGUGUCAGGGGAAAAGUGCUUCCAAGUGUGUAUUGGAGAAAGUCUAGGGAAACAUACAAUAUUUUAGCGUCGUUAACUCAUGACUUUGAUGAAUUUCUAUCUCCAGUGAUAUUAUUAUCAUUUGGUCAUAAUUUGUACUUUAUUUGCUACCAACUUCUCAACAGCUUGAAACCUAUGCUCAGCCCUUGGGAGGCUCUAUGUUUCGCAUUUUUAUUUACCUACUUAGUUGGAAGAACAUGCGUGGUGUCUUUGUACGUCGCAUCCAUUAAUGAUCAAAGCAAAAAGCCAAAAGCUGUCUUGUUUUCUGUACCAGCAGAGUGUUAUGGAGUCGAGGUAGAAAGAUUUUUAAUGCAAGUGAUGUCUGAUGAAUUAUCAUUUACUGGAUGUAAUUUUUUCUCCGUCACAAGGACGUUUAUGCUAACGGUUGCUGGAACUAUAGUCACGUACGAGAUCGUAUUAAUACAAUUUAACAAUGUGGCUAGCGGAGUACCUAAUCAAAAUAAUACUAUUACUAAUUAUUGUUCAAAGUUAUUAUGA